AUGAAUCCGGAUUAUGAUGACCCUGUUAUCUUAUCUUCCAAGAAGAGGACUGUUGAGGACUUCUGUAUUCGGAUUCACAAAGAUAUGCUUAAACAAUUCAAGUACGCUUUGGUAUGGGGUUCAAGUGCUAAACACAAGCCACAGAGAGUUGAAAGGGAAGAUGAGCUCGAGGACGAGGAUGUUGUUCAGAUCGUUAAAAAGAUAUGA